GAAAGUAGGCCAAGUGGUGAAUCUGUUAAGUCUGCCGCAGCGUCAGUAGGUCAGAACUGCUGUGGAGAAGAAGCAGGAUCAGAGAAGCAGCCAAGAAGAUGGUGUCCUUUGUGAAUGUUUUCCUGCUCUGGUCUUUGUGUGUGGCACAGCAUAGUGACAUCUCUCAGCCGGUUCCUUUCCAAACAGUGAAGCUCGGAGACUCAGCUACUAUUGAGUGUCACAUAAAGAGUGAGAUGGGAAAAAGAGUGUGGUACAAAACUACAGGGAAAAAACUGCAGCUUGUGGUAGAAAUAAACUCCAGCUAUAAUGUGAGUGUAUUUAGUGCUGAAUUUCAUCACCGUUAUUCAGUAAGAUUUGACAAAUUCAUCAGUAAUCUGAGCAUAUCUGCAACAACAUGGGAGGACGUUGGAACAUACUUCUGUGGAGUAAUGCACUUUAACAGCAUCAAGUUUGGACCAGGAACCUUUUUAAUGCUGAAAGGUGCAAAGAUGAUCAGCGACUCUGUCGUCCAGCAGCCAGAGUCUCAGUCAGUCCAGCCAGGAGACUCUGUGACUCUCAGCUGUUCUGUUCUCACUGGCCACUGUGCAGCAGAACACGUUAGUGUCAUGUGGCUGAAAACCUCAGAUCAUUCUGCUCCAGAAAUGAUUUACUCCUCUGGAAAUAAGAACGACAUCUGCCAGAGGACUGAGAGCGGAGAAACUACCUGUGUGUCCAACCUUCUCAUGAGGAACCUCAGCUCUGAUGAUGCUGGAGCCUACUGCUGUGUUGUGACUUUGUGUGGACAGAUACUGUUUGGAAAUGGGACCAGGAUUAAUAUUCACAACACCAAGCCACCUGAACAGAGUCCAACCGUUAUCGCACUGACGCUGUCAAACAUCAUUCUUGGGACUGUGACAGUCUGUCUUAUAUGGACACUUUGCAAGAGGAAAGAUUCCACAGAGGCAACUGAUGGAUGUUCAGAAGGCAAUCAGACUAGUGAUGCAGUUAUCUAUGAAGAUUUGUGUUCUGUUCCCAGAAGCCUCCCAGCCAGUCAAACCUCAGUGAGAUCCAGUGAAGACUCUGUAGUUUAUUCUGACAUCAAAUACUGUCCGCAGAACUGAGUUGGGUGAUCUGGGGAAUGCAGAUAAACCAGGCAGAAUGAAGAAUGCCUUGCUACUAAACAAAUAUAUAUCUAUCUAUAUAUGUUUAGUGGUAUAACAACUUUAAAAUAUGAGAUUUUCUGGAGUGCCAGUCAGUGGACUAUCCCACAUACUGACAAAUAUGGAAAUACUAAACUGCUUUAACUCAGUAAAAAGUUAUUGUUACCGCUAACUUCCCUUUUGGAUUUAUUGUGUUUUUCUCUUUGAUUCUCUUUUUUGUGUUUGGAGCAUCUCUGCCUAGAGGCGCCACUUUAUAAUUGUAAUCAAUAAAGACGUUCAAUCAA